AUGACUUUUAUAUCUUCUCCUUAUUUAGGACUGCCAGACGCAUUUAUUUCCAUCACACUUACAAUAAAGGACAGGGAAUUUAAGAAUUCACUAAACGAUCCGAAUUCUGGUGAUUAUCAGACGCUUUCUGGACAAAUUAGAAGUAAUGUAAGUUCACAAGUGUGAUGGAAUUAGUUUGUAAGCUAAACGGAACAAAACUUUCAUUAUGCUAGAUAGCUCUGCCAGUUCCAAAUUGAUCUUCCUUGUGGUCCAGUAAGUGCCAAUCCCUUGUUGGUCCAGUGUUACCAUAUGGGGAAACUCAAAUUCUUUUAUACUGGAUAGCUCUGUAAGUUCUAAAUGAUUUUCCCUUACUAAGGGAGGAAACUGAUGCUGAUUUUUUCUGCCAAACUAGUUUCGCAUUCCAGAAUGAAGUCCUUUAGACCACAAGACCGUUCUUGAGGAAUGGGAUACUGGUGCAACAAUCACUACGCCAAUGUUGCAAUGAAAAAUGAAAAGCGUUCAACACUUAAAAUCGUUUUGGCGUACCUCUCCAAAAUACUUUGUUUUAGCUUCAUCUCCUAAAUAUGCUGUAAAUCUCCUAAAUAUGCUGUUUCACCGCAUCUUAUUCCAUAUAACUGUAUUUUCUUAGUUCGAUAAGGAAUUUUCCAAUAUUCCACAAUAUCGUGGUGCCAAUAUCUUGAGAUUGAGGUGAGUUCAACGCUGAGUAGUUGCAUAUACAAGUAAAUCAAUUAAGGUUGUCUUUCCAAAAACUUAAACGUUAAACUCUGGGCGCGCAAGUGACGAUGGGUUAUUGCUUAUUUAGGCUCAUAAACUUUGAAAUUUGUGUUUGCAAGAAUACCUAAGACAUAUACAAGACUCACAACAGAAAACAUACUUGCCGCAAAGGCAAUUUUCUGAGUUUAAGGGCCUAAUAGAUGAAAAACCGUCAUCCCUUGUGUGCUCAGAGUUUAAGGUUUUGGAAGGACAACCAAAAUUGAAUCGGCUGCAUUUACUUUCGCAUAUGAUGAUAGCGAUGAUUUUUAAAUAGUUAUGUAUGUCGCUAGUUCUAACCAUUGUAUCGAUUCUGAAAAGGCGUGGAAGUGUGAUUUUCGAUGCAGAAGUGGUCUUUGUUCCGGGUUCUGAAGACGAAAUUACUAGGGUUUUGGAGGGAAUGAAUACAACUGGCGUUCUUGGUAACUUUUCACUUGUGCCUGGUUCAUUAACUACUACGGAUAUACCAGGUAAUGCACACUCAGAGUAAUACCACAAACAUCGUAUUCACCUGAGUACACAACACCAACACACACAUGCACACAAAAAGCUAGUAUCGUAUCUUAGAAUACAUUGAUAUCGAAGGAACUAGUCUCAGUUCCGAAAUAUCUCGAACCGACUUGACCUCGUAGCUCAGUUGGCAGAGCAUUGGACUAGUAUCCUAAAGGUCGCGGGUUCGAUUCCCACCGUGGUCAGGCAAACUUUUCAGCUUGCCCGGUGUGGAUACACACUCAGAGUAAUAUCAUGCACAAACAUAAUAUUGUGCAACGUAAGACAUAUGGCUGCAGAAUUUAGGGAUCCAUGGAGCGAGGUGGUAACUCCAAAUUCGAAGUGUGCGCUUUGAAGCUUAGUUGAAUUAAGUCUAUUUCAGAGCCAUCAUCUUGGAAACAUGAAAAUUUAGUUGAAUCAAGUCAAUUUCAGAGUCAUGCAUCAUCCUGGAAACAUGAAAAUUUAGUUGAAUUAAGUUUACUUCAGAGCCAUCAUCUUGGAAACAUGAUAUAAUAUAUUCAUGGGACCCAACACUGCGUUGUCAACAUAAAGUUGGCUCAAGCAGGAUUUGAACUCGCAAUCUCGCAUAGUCAUAAACCUUGAGUCAACUUUCUGUUGUCCAGUGUUGUUUUUUCUCGUGAAUAUAUUGUAUCAUUUAAAGUUUGCUCGUUCACUGUUCGUUCGCUCGCUACUCUGGUUUAAAUAAAUGAUUACAAAGCCCAAUCGAAUUGUAAUCAAGACCCAACGUUUCGACACUCCAGUCUAGUAUCUUCAUCAGGGGUGAUUUCAAGCUACAAUCGUGGCUUCUUAAUGGGCUUUGUAAUCAUUUAUUUAAACCAGAGUAGCGAGCGAAACAUGAUAUUGUAUCAUAUUUCCUUGAUGAUGGUUCCGAAAUAGAGUUGAAACUUUGUUGAUACUCUUUCAAUGGUUUCGGAGUUUCGCCAAACAAUUGUGUAACAUAUCGCCUCAUUUUCUGUUUACGUCUAGCGUUUUCUGAUAUUCAAAUGGGAAUACAGUACGGAGGAAAUGCCGGUGAUAUGUUAGAGAUAACAUGUACUAUUAGCGGACCAUCUCUUCCGAGCUUUGAGUGGAGGAAUGGUAGCAUGAUUUUGUCCUUAUCGACAAGGGUGAAGAUUGAAAACAACGAUAAAGUUUCAAAACUUUUUGUCCGUAAAACUGCAGAGUCGGACUCUGCGGAUUAUUACUGUAUAGCCAGGUAAGCGCUUUGAUUUUCUGCCAUUGACGGAAUUUUUCUGGUUGUUCUUCUGUUUCAUUCGGUGUCCCACAAGAUAACUUACUUAGUUCAUGUGAGUUCACGGCGACCAGGAUAUCAGCCAUGUUUUCACUCGCUACCCUGUUUUUUAUAAAUGAAUGGAAGGCCCGGUCGAAUUGUAUUCACGGCCAAACGACUUCACGAACGCUUUGCAUCAUUUAUAAAAAAAACAGAGUAGCGAGCGAAAACAUGACAUUAAGUUCUGCCGUUCGUGUCAUCAUUCACUGGUAUCAUCCAGGAAACGUUUACAGACGACGCCUUCUGCAUUGACUGAAAGCACAACUAAGAAUAAACUAGUGUGCAGGGCCGGCGCUAAAUGGGGGAGGGGGGGAGAUGGAACACCUCCAGUCAUCAGGUAGUCGGCAAAAUAUUGAAUUCCAGUUGGCAAAACAUAGAUUUGGAUAAGAAGAAAAAAAAAAUAUUUGAGUAACACCGAUUAAAACUGAUUAAGAAUGAUAGGUAAAAUUUGGAGAUAUUUACGAAAACAUUGGGGGGAAAUGGAACGAACAAAAUAAGAUUGACAAAUAUGUUGUCCGGAAAAAUAAUUUUUGAAGUUGAGCCGGGCUCAAUUUCAUGAAAAGAAAUAUUAAUUAGUGGCUGUAGUGACUCGGCAAAAUUCACUUACACCCCCCCCAUUCAAAGAGGUCUAGCGCCGCCCCUGUGUACCCCAGGGAGAAACUCUUUAAGUUCAUUUUUGUCAAGUUUGUAAUCUUUGAUCUUGUAAGGUUUCAGUGGGCACUAUUAAUUUAUUUCAACAAAUGUUACCAAUGCAUAUUUUUCACUGUAUAUCACUGCUCACCUUCACGUUAUCGCUGCACAAAUUGGGUACCACUGCACAGUAAAAUAAAGUAUGAUUUCUUGGCCCAAUGUGCCAGUAAUACAAUAUAACAAACGUACUUGCAGGGAGGUGAGUCCGGGAUUGGACGCAUGCCGGGGGUGGCUGGAAGUUUCCCGAACUUACCGAGCGAAGCGAGGUGAGUUCGGGAAACUUCCAGCCACCCGAGGUGCGUCCAAUCCCGGACUCACCGAACCUGCAAGUACGUUUGGUUUUUAUCUCAUACACCGAGCCAUACACACAUUUGUAGCUCUUCGCGAUAUAUUCGUCGAUGUUUUGUGAACAUUUCCCGGCCAAAAAAAUCACUGGGCAAGAAAAUACUUCUUUAGCUACGUCUACAUUACCUUUACUGCAUUUUUUCUUUGGUUUUUCUUCAGUCUCAGUAUGUUAGUCACCGAAAAAAGUUCUUUAAAGUUUAGGUUUAUCGGCUAAAUCUUGUCCGCCAUAUUUGUUAUUGUUAUUGCAACGUAAGCAGUUUAGCGGGUGAGUUCGGGCGAAAAGCAGGUGAGCUCGACGACAAGCUCACCUGCUCUAAACCAAUCAGAAAGCCGCUUUUAACACAGGUAUGGGAUAAGAGAGUAAACCUGCUGUGUUUGCAGCUGAGGUAGAAAUCCAACUUUGUUGACAGAGCUGGAAGACUCGUUCAUGCACCAACCAUUGUGGACAUUGUGUUACUAAACCCCCAAACUCGUGCUGUAAGGUUUUGUGACCGUCAUCUAGUAAAGCCUCGUAUAGUAUUUAUGAUAUUUCUAUUUAUUUUAGUAAAGGGAUAGACACAAUCAACAGUAGUGUACGCGUAGAAGUUAAAGUUAUUCCUGUCGUUGCAGUUUCCCCGUUGUUUGUUUCUGCAACUGAAGGUAAUGCACGCACUCUUUAGGAUGCAUUGGCAAAGAUGGCCUCGCACAAGUGAGAUCGGGCACCUACCUCUCUUAGAUGAGAACUUGCUACUGACUGUAGAAGCGAAGGUCGAACAAAUUAGAAAGUAGAGAUGAGCCAAUUAGUGGGAAAAUAAUUGGCAAAGCCAAUUAAUCGGACAUUUAAAGAUUAUCGGUCGAUUAUUUCAUGAUAAUCUGCCGUAAGAAAAUUAACGUUAACAUUUAUCAUUCCAAUGUUAUCUCUAAAGUUAUUUGCUUCGAUUUACGAAACAUUUUGAAAGCUCAUUGAAAGUCUUCAAACAAUCGGCCUCAGUGAUCAAUUUUUGUGAUCAGCUCUAUUCGGAAGAUCGAAGUUUUUUAUGGUUUCUUUUUAAUAUUUUAAUAUUAAAUCAUUAAUUUCCAAAAUAGCAGUAACAACUGAAAAGUUUAAAAAGUUAGAUUUUCAAAAAAGUUUAAAAAGUUUAAAAAGUUAGGGUUACGGGUUAGUGGUUAGGGUUAGGGUUGGAGUUGGGGUUGGGGUUAGUGUUCGGUGCCGCGAAUUUAUUAUGAUAAAUUCAAAAUGUGCCGCGAAUUUAUCAUAAUGAUAAAUUCGGACGUGUUUAAGAAUUUCAGAAUUUACUCAUAUAGUAAAUUCAAAGGUGGAGCUCAUGCUGUCAACAAUAGAUCGGAUAUGCGUACAGUAAACGUCAGCAGGUAAAGCACUUCUCGAGGCGCAAACCAUACAAACGUUUUACAGCUUCCUUACAAAUGUUUAAGCUAACACACGCUAUUUAUAGCCAUUGCACUUUUGAGACACUCGCAUGCCUAGUUACCACAGAAACCGUUAUGCCUAGUUAUUCCUGAAACCGCUAAAUUCGAUGUCGUGACAAACGAAUCCUGUAAACGGGGCCUUAAUUUAAUUGCCAAAAAUUGGAUUACCCAAUGGACCUUUAACCUUAUAACUAAAAUUUUGAUCUAGACAAAAAUUUCAUCACAGCUUUAAAGAGCAUCACAAAAUUAGUAAUAUUCCGAAGUUUCGUUGCGAAAUGUUGUAAAUGCGGAUAAUAUAGCCUUGCGAAGUUUGCAAUUUUGAGUCAUUUUAGAUUACAAACGGGAAAUUGGCAGCCCAAACACCCGAUUUGGGUAUCAAUUUCCCGUUUGUAAUCUAAAAUGACUGAAAAUUGCAAACUUCGCAGGGCUAUAUUAUCCGUAUUUUACAACAUUUCGUAACGAAACUUUGGAAUAUUACUAAUUUUGUGAUGCUCUUUCAAGCUGUGAUGAAAUUUUUGUCUAGAUAAAAAUUUUAGUUAUAAGGUUAAAGGUCCAUUGGAUGAGAAAUUAGCUCAAGUUUGUCCAACGAACGCCAAAGCCCAAGGAAGAAGUUCCCUAUAUAAGUACGUAUACUCUAAAUCUCUAAUCUCUCUUUAGAGCCCCCCCCCCCCUGUAAUAGGCCUCUCUUUUUAGAUGAAGAACUUUAUACAAAAACAUGUAUCUUUUGAUAGAUCUAAUGAUCUUCUGUACAACAAUCUGAACAACUUGUUUUAUAUACAAAAUCCUGAUGUCAUUUUACAGAUGAACAAGUAAGCCACUCCAGUAAACCACUCCCCGUCACAGUUGGUUGAAAACGUAACUCCUUAACUAUACUAGACAGAUUACGGUAAUUUAUUUAUAUUUAUACACGUUUUAAUGCUACAGGUUUGAAUAGCAAAAAUUUAGGUCUGCUUUCCCCAACAACAAAGAAUAAUGCUCCGUACCCUAUUGACUAAAUGAAUGAAUGAAUUUAUAUUGUUUGAUUUCCGUUGAAAAUACUUAUCAAGAGAAACGAUGCAAAUAUUCUGUAAUGUUGAAGGAAUGGAACUGAAUAUGUUAAUAUUUUACAUUUGGAAAUUUAACACUAGGACGUCAUACUAUAGCAGUGCAUGGGCCGGAUAACAAUUGUAAUAUUUAACAUAAUCUCAUGGUAUUUAACAUCUUCACAGCUUCCUUUUUCAACAUCGUCUUUGUCCAAAAAAAAUAUCAGCGAGUUAACACUGGAAUUGCACAGAGCAAGCGUUAUAAUCCACAUUUUAAUUGCUAGAUCUUCAAGUAUAUUGAGGCUUGGGAAAAAGGGAACAGCAAUCGUUGGUGGCAGGAAUCCGAGGACACAAAAACAAAUGACAACUAUAAAACAAGAUUUUGCUUGUUUAAUUUCUCGAAGAAACAAUUUCAAUCGUGUCAAGUUUUCUUCUGAAGCAGCGUCACGUGGUUUGUUUUGCGAUUGAGCUAACCUUUUAACCACCAUGUAUAUCCUUGUAUAGACAAAUGCAAUGAAGAAGAAAACAAACAUGAUUUUCACCGUCGCAUAUAUCUCAAGAAGCCAAGGAAUUGCAAAAGAUAGAAUGAUAACAACAAAAUCCACACCAGCAAAGCAACCUACAUAUAUCAACAGUUUCCUUUUUGUCACCUGAGUGCUAUAAGCAUAAGGAUGUAAAAUCGCAAUGUAUCUUUCCAAUGUCAUAGCAGAUACUGUGAUAGCUGACACUCCGAGUGGUACAAUAUUUGCACGAGAGGCCAAACUUGUGGUAAUGCAUUUUGAAAUCCCUCCUAUUCUGCUGGUCAGAAAGAAGAUAAAUAGAGGUAUGCCUAAAACACCAAUUGCCAAGUCAAUCACGGACUGAACAAGAAUGAUAAAAUAACAAGGCUUGCUGUUCAGUUGUGAAGAUUUGAAAAUCGUUAUUACUGCAAUGGCGUUGAGUAAUAUCGUAGGAAUGAUCAAAAUACCAUUCAAAGCGAUAGCGAAAAUAUGAUUUAUUAACAAGUUAUUAGAUGGAAGUUUGAUUAUAAUGAAAUGAGUUGUUCCCAAAAUUUGGCAUGAUAUCUCAAACUCUUUUUGUACCACUGACAGAUUCAUUUUGCUUCCUUUCUUGUAGAUGACGCGAACGAUAACAACACCAAGAGAAAGAGAGUGUUGGCUUUUAAAUUAGUCGAUAUCCACGUCGCUUAUUAUAUACUAGCGGAACAUUAA